AAAUAGCAAAAUUAUUCAUUUGAAUCAAUGCAAGCAGUAUUCAAUAUGAAAACAUUGUAUUAAUCAAUGCCACUAAUCAAUGCACAGAUAUAUUAUAUUUUCUUAUCAUUUAUAUUCUUGCUUACUAGUUAGCUAUUAUGGCUAAACACACCUUGCUGUAUGCUGUAUAUCUUGAACCGAACACAUCGGUUUAGCGGCAGCUCCUUAACACUACUGACAGACAAACAUACGAAAAUACGGCUAUUUCAUUGCAUACACACAAAUGAUACACAUAACUUCUUCCAUCCUAGGCUAAGAGCCCCACAAAAAUUAUUCCUACAUGAAAAAUGCGAAAACACUACAUUAAUCUCCAUAAAAUUUACAAUUGAAAUCAUUUCGGCACAUCUCUCAAGAUUUGAAUAUCAGCCCGAGAAUAUCAGCGUUACCGGUGAAUGUUUCAGUAUCAAAUAAGUAUAGGAAUAAGAUGCAUUUGAUCCGCUGAGAAUAAAAUAGCUAGUAUUGAAUUGGCUACCAAACAAAAGGGAACAUAUUACGACAACAACUCCUCAUGAAAAAAACGCUGUGUUUCGUUUUUUUCAGCACUUUUUAAUACGCUGUUCUUAUUCUCACCAAUUCAUUUGCGCUAAACAUCUAGCGAUAAUAAUCGGACAGCUUUCAAUACACAGAUAAAAUCAAUUUUUUUAAUCAUUCAUAUUCUUAUUCUUGUUUACAAGCUAGCUACAUAUUCAUGUCAAUGAACGAUUUAGCGAACGCAGCUAUCACUUUGAAGUGAUAAGAAUGAAGAUUCUUUUCUAUCUAAAUAGCUAACUAAGCUAUUCUUAUUCUUUAUUUAAUCAUUGAUUCAUUUGUACAAUAUAAUGUUAGAAAUAUAAUGCUCCGUAAAAACAGGAUACAUUUCAAUUACAUUUUUCACCUAGUAGUUUCAAACGUUUGAUUAUGAUCAUGGCAGAUUCAAAAGAAAACACCAACAAAGACUGCGGAUUCGCAACGAGAGCUAUUCAUGCGGGGCAGGAAUACGAUCAGUGGAGUAAUGCCGAAAUCGUACCGCCGAUUGUGACAUCAAUUACGUACUAUCAAAACAAUCCAGCCAAAAUGGAGUGCCACUUUUACAGUCGCAUGAGCAAUCCAACGCGAGAUUCAUUGGAACGUUGUUUGGCCGCAUUGGAAGAUUCUAAACAUGCGCUUGUUUUUCCGUCUGGCUCGGCGGCCGUAACUGCGUUGUUGCACUUAUUGGAAUCGGGUGAUCAUAUCGUUGCGUCGGUUGAACAAUACGGUGGAACUCGAUUGCUUUUGAUAGAUAGUGCAAAACAUCAGAAAAUGGAGGUCGAUUUUGUUGACUCACAAGAUGUAAAUGAGGUUGAGGCGGCAAUUAAACCGAACACAAAGUUAAUUUGGAUAGAAACGCCAUCGAAUCCAUGUGUAAAAAUGUCCGAUAUUGCUGCCAUAGCAAAAGUAGCCCGUUCCCGUGAAGGAAUCAUUUUUGCAGUCGACAAUACAUUGUUGACACCAUAUUUUCAGCGGCCACUUGAGCUCGGUGCUGAUAUUUCGAUGUACUCUUGCACAAAGUAUAUGAAUGGACACAAUGAUGUGCUAGCGGGUGCGCUAAUGUUCAAUAGCACCGAAUUUCUUGAGGGUUUACAAAUGGUUCAACAGAAAUACGGUUCGAUUCUUCCAGCAUUUGACUGCUCUAUGUUGAAUCGCGGACUGAAAACCUUAUCUUUGCGAAUGGAGAAACACUGUGAAAAUGGCGUAGCGUUGGCUCGCUACUUGGAAAAGCAUCCGAAAGUAGUGAGUGUUUCACAUCCAGUUCUACCAUCACACCCGCACUAUGAAUUGGCCAAGAAGCAAACGACUGGAAAUUGUGGGCUGUUUGCUUUUCGAAUCAGCGGAACGGUGUACGAGGCAAAGAAAUUCAUUCAAAGCCUUCGGAUUUUUGCAAGUAGUGGCAGUCUUGGUUCAUUCAGCAGCUUUGCCAUGAUUCCUGUAUGUGUCAGUCACACAAGCCUAACCGAAGCUGAACGUGAAAAAUUUGGUAUUUUUGAUACAACAAUCCGUUUAUCAGUCGGCAUUGAGAAUGUCGAGGAUCUCAUUAAGGAUUUGGAGCAAGCAUUGGAUAAAACGUUUAAAUGAAGCCACCUUGGAGUAUAUAUAUGAUUUUAUUUUUACACCGGCCGGUGUAACAUGCCUAACAAAUCACUGAUUUUCCAUAGCAAACCAUUUUGAAAUUGAAAGCAUUUUUUUGUAUUCGCAAUUUAACCUUGAUGUAACUUUUUGAUGUUUGCCAACAUAUUUGACACACCGUUGCUGCAAGAGCAUACACCACUAGCGACACGUUGUGGCACCGAUAGUAAAAUCCUGUGUGUUACAAUGUAUUUUUCAACACAUUACAAUCGGUGCCACCAAGAUCGCCUGUGGUAUAUUGCUGUUGCAGCAACCUUGUGAUAUUUGAUACAAAUAAAAACAACUAAGUGACGAGCAGUAAUUGCCCAAAA